AGACGAAUCUCUAGAGAAGUGACAGUUGGAACACAACACAACCAAGUUUGGCCAACUAACAAGGCUUUGUGAGCUUUUUUAAAGUUUUUCGGGUUUUUCUUGCAGAACAAUGAAAAUCGCGGUGGAGGGUUGCGCCCAUGGCGAGCUAGAUAACAUAUAUGCAUCCCUUCAGGAGGCGGAACGCAGAGACAACAUUAAAGUGGAUUUGUUAAUAUGCUGUGGAGAUUUCCAGUCCUCCAGAAACGUGGCUGAUCUGGCCUGCAUGGCUGUGCCCCCUAAAUACCGCAAAAUUUGCACCUUUUACAAAUACUUCAGCGGCGAAAAAGUGGCCCCAGUGCUGACAAUUUUCAUCGGGGGGAACCACGAAGCCUCAAACUACCUGCAGGAGUUGCCCUAUGGGGGCUGGGUGGCCCCUAAAAUCUACUAUAUGGGAUACGUAGGAGUAAUCAACAUUGCUGGGGUAAGAAUAGGAGGCCUUUCCGGCAUCUACAAGAGCCGCGAUUUCAUGAAAGGCCGAUGCGAAAAGCCUCCAUACGACGAAAACUCCAAACGAAGUGUUUACCACAUCAGGAACUUGGAUGUGUUUCGCUUGAAGCAGAUUUCCGAGCCAAUAGAUGUAUUUUUGUCGCACGACUGGCCCACUGGGGUUUACCACCAUGGCAAUGUGGCGCAAUUGUUGAGGCGAAAGCCAUUUUUUAGAGAAGAAAUUGACGCGAAUCAGUUAGGCAGCAAACCUUGCGAAGAACUCCUGCACCAUUUGAAGCCAAAAUUUUGGUUUUCCGCCCAUCUUCAUUGCAAGUUUGCGGCCUUAGUUCCGCAUGAAGACAGUCCCCCAACCAAGUUUCUGGCCUUAGACAAAUGCUUGCCUAAAAGGCAGUUUCUGCAACUGUUGGACAUUCCUCACAAUGAGGACGAAAAGCUCCAAAUCAGCUAUGACUUGGAAUGGUUGACCAUUCUACAUCUAACUAAUCAUUUGUUGAACGUGCAGAACUCCAUAACGUUCAUGCCAGGCGCGGGCGGCAACGAAAGGUUCAAGUUCACACCCACAGAUGCUGAGCGCGAGCUGAUAAUGAGCAAAAUGAACAAUUGUUUAAAAGUGCCCGAAAACUUCAGAGCGACUGCAGCUUCGCAUAAACCGGGAGACUCCGCCGGCAAGCUGAAAGAACUGGAGCCAAAGCUCAACCCGCAGACAGUGGAAUUGUGCGAAACUUUGGGCAUCGACGAUCCCAUAGCGCUGAUUUCGCAGAAACAUGGCCUAAACAUCUCGUUGGACACCAGCUAUUACGAAACUUCCACUUUCAUUGCCGACUCGGAUGAAUCGAGCAUAACAUGCUGCAACGAGGAUUCAGAUAUUGUUGAACAAGAGUCAAAAAUUAAUGCUUUGGAGCUUAUCGACGUAAAAAGGCUUACGCCUAUGAAGCUGCCUCAGCCCAAACUCACUGGCGGCGACGUUGAAGAAGUUGAUUCAGCUGAACCGUCUGAAGUGGACAAGGUGAACUAUCAGCUCCCACAAGCCCAAGAAGAGGUUCUCCCUCUCCCUUCACAAUCAACCCCCGAAGAAACAGCAGAUAAAGCAUCGCCAAAGCGGGUGUUGGAAGAGACUGAGGAAAUCGUGGAGGCACAAAUUGAUAUCAGUGAAGGGCUAAACGAUUCAGUGACGUCCACGACAAAAAAAUUCAAAAGACGAAAUGAGAGCAUAUACGCCUCUUCUCCGGAUAGCUGAUAGUGGCCUUAAUGUUAUGGGCUGUAUCGUGGAGUACAAAUUUUUAUAUUUAAUAGUUGUUGGAAAAUAAUGCAAUUGUUUCAACUAAGAAGUUUUGGAUUGAAAUAAGUACUUUUCGCCCAGGGGAUGGGUCACUAGAAUCGAAAAAAUCUGCAAAAGACUUUAUAUACAAAUUAAUUAAUAAAAUAAUACACUUAACACUAAGUAACAAUUAAAUAGGCCAAUUGAUAGAACUAA